UGGACCCAGCGCGACCCAUGUUCGAGCUGCCCCCCAUGCCGGACCACUUCAAGCUGGACCGCUCCGACGCCGUGUUCGUGGACGUGAUCCACACGUGCAGCGGCGUGCUGGGGGCGGAGGCGCCGCUCGGCCAUGCUGACUUCUACCCCAACAGCGGGUUCGCGCCACAGCCCGGCUGCGACGGCAUACAGGCCAUGUUCGCGUGCAGCCACGGGCGCUCGCACUUCCUGUUCUCGGAGUCCAUCAACAGUCGGCGCGGCUUCCCGGCGCUGCGCUGCGGCAGCUGGGCCGACUACUCCGGCCACCGCUGCCAGCUGCAGGCGGCCUUCAUGGGCGAGGGCGCCGACCCCGCCCAGACCGGCUCCUUCUACUUGACCACCAACGCCGUCGCGCCUUUCGGGAGAGCCCUAGAGAUCAAUUAAACAGCUUCGUGGUUCGUGACCGCUUUGU